AACGUGAGAAUUAAUUAUUAAACUCCCUGGCAGUGUGUUCUUUUUCAAAGUGAGCCAGCAUCUGUGUUGUAUCCUGUACUUCUAGAAAAGUAUCUUCCAGCUACAAUCAUAGAGCUGGAUCCGUAGGUGUUCCUUAGGACUGCAUAUCUUCUCAAAUAUCUCAAUUUCUGGAGAAGUGAUUCUUGGGUCCUCUUAAAAUAUUAGCGGUAUGGAGCAAUCCUACAGAUCGACAAUCACUAUCUAUAAGAACAUUCUGGAACAGUUUAAUCCAGCUUUGGAGAAGUUGAUAUAUCUGGGUAACAAGUAUCUGCGGGCUUUUCAUGCAUUAUCUGAGGCCGCAGAUGUAUAUUUUACAGCAAUUCAAAAGAUUGGAGAACAAGCUCUUCAGAGUUCUACUUCACAAGUUCUGGGUGAAAUUUUGAUACAGAUGUCUGACACCCAAAUGCAUCUUAACCGCAACUUGGAAGUAGUUGUAAGUAUCUUGGAUAUAUCUCUAAGAACAGGAAGAUGCAGGAGAGAACUGUGACAAAAAGUUCUGACA